AUGAGACUUCACGAUGUAGACAGCGCAGUUACAUGCGGUGGCGUACUUUCAGAUGGCAGAAGGUGGGGAUGUGGAACCAAUUUUGCAAGACUCGAUAUACUUCGCAAUCAUCACAAAUCCAGAAAGGACAGGCAAUGCAUUGCAAAGAGAGACAGCGAAGAGCAGCCCACGGCUUCAAUACCUUGA